AUGCGGGUCGGACAGCCACACAUGUCUUCCUCCACUCCAUCUGCUAAUACUACAUCCAUCUCCAUCCUCAGCCCCCAUCCCCCCUCAAAACCCCCCAAACCACGCUCCAUCCAACCCCCUCCAAACCUACCUACCCAUCCACCACCCACCAAAACUAACUCCCCUGCACCCACCCAACCAUGCACAAAACCCACCAAACCUAAACAACCACUCCUAGCCACCCCACCCCACCCCCAAAUCCCGCCCAAACACUGCCCCACCACCCCCAAGCCCACUAACCAACCCCCACCUACAAAUACCACCCUCCCCAAACCACCCACCACCCAAGCUAUCCAACCCCACCUCCACACAGCCAACAAACACACUGCUCCCCCGCACAAACCCAACCUCACGCUCACACCACAAAAAUUAAAUCAAAACCUCAACAAGCUCAUAGAAUUCAUAUCUGCAGCCAUUCUACUCAAAGCUCCCACAGCUAAGAAACUUCAUACCCUCGCCCACAAACUCAAACUCUACCACAAGGGUCUAGCCAGCCUCCUUAUCGCCAUCAAAAACCUAUCUUAA